AUGCAAAACCGAAUAGCUGGGGAAAACAAAACAGUUAAUAAGACUUUGACAACAUACUUUCCACCAAUCAACGCUAAAGUCACAGAAUUCAGUACCAUCAACCAGUACCUUACGUACAUGCAGAAGCUAUCAAAUGAAGUAAACAUGCCUUACGUCAACGUAUGUUUGGAUCUCGGUGCUGCAAUGAAUGCCUACAAGUUCAUCUGGAAUUUUCCGUUGAAAUUUAAGAAUGUUGUCAUCCAUUUGGGAGAUUUUCAUUUCAUUAAAGAAAAUUUUGGUGUCAUUGGUGGGAUUGUUGAAACGUCGGGCUUUGAAGAUGUCGUAUAUCAAGCAGGUGUAUGCUCGUAUGGCAGUUUGAAAGGUAUUCUCUCAGGCUCACACUACAAUAGGGCAUGGAUUGUUCAUUCUGCGUUUUCAGAAGCUCUAGAGAGGCUUUUGUUCCAGAGAUUUUUAAAGAAAAUAGUAUCGCCAUUCCAGAUUACUUCUAUGAUGCAUGUAUUGAUCCAAUAGCAAGCUGCGCUGUCAUUACUGAAAAUGCUUCAUCGUUGUAUUCAGAAUACCAAGCUUUCAAAAAGGAAGCAAGAAAUGGUGCGUUGGGGAAAACUGCUCAAUUUUGGAUACGAACGGCACACCUAGCUGUUCAAGAAAAUGAUUUUGAUCAAAGGGUAUUGGUAUGGAAAUUUUUUCUUCCGAUGUAUUUUGCUUUGAACAAGCAAAACUACGCUAGAUACGCGUCGUACUACGUUGGAGUCUUGCAAAAUAUUGACAUUCCCCAUCCCGGCCUAAGGGAAAUGCUUGACAAGUCAGGACUUUCUGUGCAGGCACAAGAUCGUCAUCCGCUGAUAACCGCAACUGACCAAAGAGGGGAGCAAACUAUUAACCGUGACGCAAAUGCCAUUCUGAAGUGGACGCUGAAUCGUUCAGAGGAAGCCAAAAACAAGGCGAAACUUUUUGAAAUGGCGGGCAUGAGUCUCUCAAAUGAAGUAUAUAAGUCAUUACGACCAUCCGAGAUCCUAAAGUCGGAGUCCUAUACUACAAGCGUUUUCAACACGUUAAGCAAGGAAUAUUUAAACCCAUUCGAUGCGGAACUAGAUACCAGUUUUCUUUACAACUUGUGCUCGGGUACACCGAUGGAAGAGGAUAUCAGCGAAUAA